AUGGCAGCACCCCUUGUCAAGGUUCUGCAUAGAAUGCAGGAGCUCUUCUCCAACUUGGUCGCUGCAUUAGAGGCAAUGAUAUUGUUCCCUUCUCUAUUUCGGAAUCCUUCGCGUAAGCGGCGGAAGAUUUUCCAGGGUGCGCAUUGGAGACGUCGCACGCUUGAUGAUUUCGCCGAGGAGGUGGACCGCUUGUUUACGGCGCCCUUGACUUUGCGCAACAUGAUCAUUAUGUCGGAGAAAAUCCGCGAGCAAUUCAGAUCAUGUCUACAGUCCAGCCCUGUCUGCAUGCUGCCGUCGUACAAUCAUGCUCUUCCCUCAGGGACUGAAAAGGGAACCUACCUGGCUUUGGACGUGGGAGGUUCCACAUUUCGAGUUGCCUUGAUCGAGUUGGGAGGCGAAGGAGCCAUGAAGAUCCUGCGAGAAUCCUUUUCACGAAUCGACAAUGACGUGAAACUCCUGGAGGGCACGUUAUUUUUCGACUGGAUGGCCGAGAAAAUCGAGUCCAUGCUACUGGAAGUGAGUGCCGAUUAUGGGCGAGGAGCCGUGCCCCUCUCCAUGGGGCUGUCAUGGUCCUUUCCCAUUGAACAGACCUCUAUCAGCAGCGGUCUUGUCAUUCACAUGGGGAAAGGAUUUUUAUGCUCCAACGGUACGCUUGGGCAAGAGCUGGGAGAUUUGAUCGUUCAAUCAUGCCAACGCCGCAGUCUCAACGUGCAAGUGGAUGCAAUCGUGAACGAUAGCUCGGCUACACUUCUAUCACGAGCCUACAUCGAACCAAAGACCCGCAUGUCCCUCAUCUUAGGAACAGGCACCAAUGUUGCACUCCAUUUCCCCGUGCAUGAGAUAGGCUUGUCAAAAUUUGGUACCAGGCCACCAGGCUGGUUUGAUUAUGCCAAGCAUGUGAUUAUUAACACUGAAAUGAGUAUGUUUGGUGGCGGUAUCCUGCCAAUGACCCGUUGGGAUGACGUUCUGAACCGAACCCACCUUCGACCGGACUAUCAGCCUCUGGAGUAUAUGAUCACUGGACGAUACCUGGGUGAGAUUGUCCGGCUCAUUAUGACGGAGGCGGUCGAAACUGCGCAGUUGUUUGGAGGAGAACUUCCACAUUCGAUGCGUGACCCCUACACAUUCGAUACGAGCAUCGUUGCGUUUCUCGAGGCCGAUACCUCACCAUCCUUGGCUCCUUCGGCUGCACUUCUCCAGAAAGAACACACCUUCCCCGUGUCCCCAACGGUUGAGGAUUUGCGUUUCUUGCGACAGAUUUGCCAGAUUGUGUCGAAGCGAGCGGCGGGAUAUUUGGCCACGGCAAUCCAUAGCAUGUGGUGCUUACGCAACGGCGUAGAAUUCCCCGAGGGAGUCAAAUCGAAGGCAUCGUCCACAAAAGACACUCAAGAGAUAACGGUGGUGGAGAGCGACGAUGAUUACCAGAGUCUGUCAAUUGCCUGUGACGGUAGUGUCAUAAACAAGUAUCCUGGAUUUCGAGAUCGCUGUCAGGACUACCUCGACCAGCUCACAAAGCAAACCAACACAUCACAAGGAACAUCAGAUGUCGACGCGAGCUCUUUUAUCCGUCUGGAGCUAGCACCGGAGAGUGCCAUUAUGGGGGCAGCUGUUGCCGUUGCCGUCGCUGUGGCCGAGAAAUCGCAAUGA